GCUGCUGAUGUCGCUUCAUGUUUGUUGCUGAAACCAAACAAGCCCUAAUAUUGAAAAGAUCGGCCUUUUCUUCUUCUCAAGGAUAAUCCGUUUUAGGGUUCGUAGCAAGAAGACGCGAAACCAGGAAACGAGGGUACUUGUUUGAUUAGAUAGAGACUUAAGAAUAAGACAACAAUGACAACUGCAGCUCGACCGACAUGGGCUCCUGCCAAAGGUGGGAAUGAACAAGGUGGCACUCGAAUCUUCGGCCCCUCCCAGAAGUACUCUUCGAGGGACAUUGCUGCUCACACGACUCUGAAGCCGAGAAAAGAGGGUCAGGACACUCAGGAUGAAGUGCACAAGAGGAACCUCCGCGAUGAGUUGGAAGAUCGUGAAAGAAGGCAUUUCUCAUCCAAGGAUAAGUCCUACGUUGAGGAUAGAGAUCGUAGAAAAGGAAGUCAUCUUUUACUCGAAGGGUCACGACGGGAUAUGGAUGAUCGUCUUGUUUCAAGAAAUAUAGAUGCAGAUGAUGCUGAUGUAGAAGUUAGAAGUGAUGAAAGUGACGAUGAUGAUGAUGACGACGAAGAUGAGGAUGAUACAGAAGCACUUCUGGCUGAGCUUGAACAAAUAAAGAAGGAAAGAGCGGAGGAAAAGCUCCGUAAUGAAAGGCUGGAACAAGAAGAAGAGUUGAAGGUUAAAGAAGCAGAGUUGCUGAAAGGAAACCCUCUUCUUAAUAAUCCAACUUCGUUCAAUGUGAAAAGGAGGUGGGAUGAUGAUGUUGUGUUCAAGAACCAGGCUCGGGGUGAGGUGAAGGCACCGAAAAGGUUCAUCAAUGACACCAUUAGAAGUGAUUUUCACAGGAAAUUUCUUCAUAAGUACAUGAAGUGAUUUGCUUACACCAUUUUAGAACUCUAUUUUCAUGGAUAUGAACAAUAUGACAACUUAAAGUUCUAAUAUACUCUGAUUUUCAGUUUUUGAACUUGGCCUGUAAUUGUUCUUUGUUGUUCAAUGCACUUCUUGAUUGUGUGCCCAUGUUGAAUUUUAAAGUCACAUUUUGUU